ACUGCAAUAAACCUUAAGCGAUUAUAGUCAGGUGCGCACACCGGCAAAAUAUAGACUUUAUGCUUAUAUAUACAUACCAAUACGGAUUUGCGUACAAAGUUAAGCUUUUGUGAAAUAACCGUGGACAUUCUUUCUUACAAAAUUUGAGAGAUCAUAUGAAAACUAUUUUGUAUCAAAGGAGGUAUAUUUAAUCAACAAUACACAUACAUGGAAAUGAAUGGAUAUAUUAAUGGAGUUGUGGUUUUGUUUGUUUUUAUUUUAAAUGUCUGCCCCGUGCUGGGAUAUGAGGUCUGUUUGAACUACCUGGUCACCUUCACGUACUGCGAGACCGGGUACCACUGUUGUGAUAACAAAACUAGAUGUUGCGCUGACAGUCCGCUACUCACCGUGGGGGCUAUUGUCGGCAUCAUAUUUGGCGCUCUGGUUUUCCUCGGCUUCUGUAUCGCUUUCAUAUGUUACGCCGUCACUAGGAGCAAAACCCGCCCAGGUCGUGUGAUAAUGCCUAGCAACAACAAUCAAGUGUCAGUUGUGUCGCAGUCUGCAGUGUACGGUCAAGGCUACAAUAACACGACUCCCCAGUAUCCGUAUGGUCAGAUGCCGACCGCCUAUAUGGCCCAACCUCCACCAUAUCCGUAUGGUCAGAUGCCGACAACCUAUGUGGCCCCGCCCCCAUACAGCAACCACGCCCUGGUGUCCAAUAACCAAUCCCAUGUGCCCAAUAACCACGCACAGGCGCCCAGUAGCCAGGCCCAGAUUCCACCGUCAGACAGUCAAUUCCCACAAUAACCUCUGUACCAGGGAACUGGUUAAUGUUCACGAUGUUCGAAUAUUGAAAUAACUUAUUAUGUGAUAUGUGUCAAGGGAAUUUGAAUGUUAAAAUGUCUGUUGAAAAUGUUAAGUCUUCUAAAUAUAUAUUUAUAUA